AUGGGAGGUGUGGAUGGUGAGGGGUGCCGCACGCCCGGAGCCGGGGGUCUGUGUCAAGAGCGGCGGGGUCUGCAGGAGGCGAGAGAGACGGGCACUGCUUUCCCCACAAUGGCAGAGAUGGCUGAGAUGGCCGAGAUGCUGACACAGAUAUCACCAAGGGCGGUGGAGAUGGCCACAGAGGUGACCGAUAUGAAACCUGAGGAAGCCCUUGCCUCAUCUCUCUUUUUCCAGCACCACCAGUUCAUGUGCUCUGAAUGUGGCAACCUCUACAAUACCCUGGAGGAGGUCAUCUCCCACCAGGAUCAGCAUGUGCCCACUGGCAUAGAGGAGGAGGUGCUGACCACCCAGGACGCUGGCCUGGAGCCAGAGCUAGUGCCAGGUACUGAGGAUGGGCCUUUCCAGUGUGGUGAGUGCAGCCAGCUCAUCCUCUCCCGUGAGGAGCUCCUGGCCCACCAAGACUCCCACCUGCAGGCGUCUGCGAGCCAGAUCCAGUACCAGUGUGGCGACUGCCAGGAGCUGUUCCCCUUGCCCGAGCUGUGGGUGGCUCACCGGAAGGCCCAGCACCUUUCUACUGCAGCAGCCGGACCACCAGUGCUGCCGCCUCCCCCGCCCCCUCCCUCAGCACCACCACCUCAGUCUCCUGCUCCACCUGGAGUCAAGAUGGAUCCCUAUGAGUGUCCUGAAUGCUGUACCCUCUGUGCCACCCCUGAGGAAUUCUUGGAUCAUCAAGGCACACACUUUGACUCCCUAGAGAAAGAGGAAUGCAAUGGGCUAGAGGAAGAUGAGGAUGAAGAAGACGAUGAGACAGAGGAGGAGGAGGAGGAGGCAGCGGCAGCGGCGUUGGCCUCAGAAGUUGGUGACAGUGCUAUAGAGGGCGACAAGUCCACAGAUGCCCAGACCCAGAACUGUGGAGAUUGUCCCCAGCACUGGACCUCAGCAGGGGCACGCCGACGACACCGGCGUGCAUCCCAUGGCCCGGCAUCAGCAACCCACCCCUUCCGCUGCAGCCAGUGCCAACGCAGCUUCAGCUCAGCAAACCGGCUGCUGGCUCAUGGGCGGGCCCAUGUUGGCGGCACACACGAGUGUACCACCUGCUUCAAGGUCUUCAAGAAAGCAGCUUCGUUGGAACAGCACCUGCGGCUGCACCGCGGGGAAGCCCGCUACCUCUGCGUGGACUGUGGCCGUGGCUUCAGCACAGAACUCACCUUGGUGGCCCACCGGCGGGCCCACACCGCCAACCCAUUGCAUCGCUGCCGCUGCGGCAAGACAUUCAGCAACAUGACCAAGUUUCUCUACCACAGGCGCACCCACGCCGGCAAGAGCGGGGUGCCCCCCCUCACAGCAGGAGCCUCCCUGACUCCAGCUGAGCCCAUGCCCCCACCACCGCCCCCUACCCCGCCUGCCCAGCUUCCCUGCCCACAGUGCUCCAAGUCCUUCGCCUCGGCCUCCCGCCUCUCUCGGCACCGGCGGACAGUCCACGGGCCCCCUGAGCGGCGACACUGCUGCGGGGUUUGUGGCAAGGGAUUCAAGAAGCUGGUCCAUGUGCACAACCACCUGCGGACGCACACGGGCGAGAGGCCCUUCCAGUGCCACUCCUGUGGCAAGACCUUUGCUUCUCUGGCCAAUCUCAGCCGCCACCAAUUGACCCACACAGGCGUGCGCCCCUACCAAUGCCUGGACUGCGGUAAGCGCUUCACACAGAGCUCCAACCUGCAGCAGCAUCGGAGGCUGCACCUGCGGCCAGUGGCCUUCGCUCGAGCGCCCCGCCUCCCCAUCGCCGGUCUCUACAACAAGAGCCCCUACUGCUGCGGGACAUGUGGCCGCUGGUUCCGCGCCAUGGCAGGCCUGCGCCUGCACCAGCGGGUCCAUGCUCGAGCACGGACGAUGACACUGCAGCCCAGAUCACCACCUCCCGCCUCACCCCCACCCACCCAGCCUCAGCAGACGAUCAUGUGCACUGAGCUCGGGGAGACCAUCGCCAUCAUCGAGACAUCCCAGCCGCUGGCACUUGAGGACACGCUGCAGCUGUGCCAGGCGGCACUGGGGGCCAGUGAAGCGAGCGGGCUGUUGCAAUUGGACACAGCCUUCGUGUGA